AUGUGCUGGUGCAUGACGUCAGCCAAUCACUGCUACGAGUGCAACAAAGAGUUCAACCAGCGCCAGCUCCUUACGCCCUGCGGGUACGUCGAGAACGGCCGCGGCUGCCGCGGGACGGGCGAGACGUGCGAGGCGUGCACGUCGGCCCGUGCCGCCGAGGAGGAAUGCCAGAAGACCAUAUACCGCCAACGGCCCUUGAACCUCGACGUCAAGGGGCGGACGCGUAUGCAGGGCUUGCUGUCUGCUUUCAGGGAAGACAGGGACAGGCGGAAGCAGUUGAGCCAAGAGGAACGUGCCACGAAGGACGCUGCUGAAGACACAGGGAAUAAGGACAAGACCACUGUGGGCGGCCAAUGUGAGGAUGAUGGGGGCAAGGUCCAAGAAGGCCUCGUUCCCCCCUCGCCCUUGAUCACCGAGCGUCACCAAUACCACGAUCACUGUUGA